CCUAUAACCACUCUUUUACAAUCAUGAAUUGAAAGCAAAUUAAAAAAAAAUCCCCGCAAAAUUGUUAGUGGACACAAACAAUGUAUUAAAUAAUUAGAACCUUUAAAUGUCUCAAAAUUAGAUUAUAGGUUGUUCAAAUAAAAAUGUACAAGUCAAAAAUAAAUACAGAGCAAAAACCGGCUAGUCAAAAGAGUCUAUGUUCCACUAUAGGCAAAAAACUGUGUCAAAUAUGUUCUCGGAGAGAUUAUAAAGAUAAAAAUGAGUGUUCAUGGUCAACAACAGAACAAAAGGGAAAUAAUGUCUACUCACAUGAAAAGAGAAAGAAAGAUGAUAAGGAGAGUAACAAGCAUCAAGUUAAACAUAUUUUGAAAAAGCUUUUGAGGACUACUCCUUGUUUGUCAAAGGCUGUACAAUCACCAUGUGCUUAUGGAAAGGGAAAAAAUAACUGUGAAACUUGUUGUUUGGAUAAAGAAACUUACAGAUCAAUGUUGCAGUCUGUUAAGGUAAUAGAACUUAUUGUAGAUGAUGUGAUAAGUAAAGUACAAAAAGAAAUGCUUGACGAUGCAGAGAAAUCAAAUCCCAAUUUUUCUACUGAGAAAAAAGAAAGAACUAAAGUAUCUUUGCGGUUUGAAGUAUUUUGUCAAAAAGAUAUUGAACACAACUUAAAAUGUGUGGUCGUAAAGUUACAAACAGUUAUCGGGGAUGUGUUAUUACAAAUGUGUUUCUGCAAAUUAAAAAAUACAUCUGAAGGUGAUAAAUGUAAAAAGUAUGAUGUAUCAGUGAGAGUCCUUGAGCAGUUGAAGUUUGAAUACAUAACUAUGAAGAACUAUGUUAUCCAGCUCCUUGGCCGACCAGUAAAUCAGAAAAGAAUGCAUGAUGUUUGUGUAGCUUGCAUUAAGGAGGAAAUGACUGAGUGUACAGAAAUGCUACAGAAUAUGCUUAAAACUGGGCAUAAACUUAAACUUUCUAUGCGGAAUGAUUUUGUCGGGAAUGGUAAAUGUUGUUCAAGAACAUAUCCUCAUGUUCAUGCUAUUGUACAAGAUAAACAUGUUGUGUUGAAAUUCCAAAUUCCAUCUGAAGACCCUUUGAAAUCCAGCAAAUGUGAUUUAAAUAAACCUGCUACAAAGAGUAAAGAAGAUGAUAUUGUAAAUCCUUGUCCUUAUGAUGAAUGGCCUGAGUAUUUCCAACCCAAGGAAACUGAAGAGUUUAGUGAGCCCUUGGAAGAAAAAUCUUCUAUUCAAGAAGAAGAACCAAAAAAAAUAUCCUGUCUUGACAAAUAUUUAGAUGGAAAUCUAAGAAAUACAAAACGUUUUAGUACCAUAUCUGUUAAGUCUUUGGAAAACGUGAAUUUGGACCCAAAAACAUUAGAAGAAGAGCAGUCAUCUGCAUCUAAAUUAUCAAAUGGAAUAGCAAACGAUUCACUAAAGGAAGAUGAGGCUCCAAAGAUGUUACCGAAUAUAUCCUCAGAAGAUUCUGUAUCAAAAUCAUCACAGAUUGGAUCUAAUUCUUCAAAAAAUAAAGAUUCCCAACCUGGUUUCAAAACAUCCAGAAGCAGAUCCUCCGAAAAACAUAAUUCUGUAUCCAAACAUUCAAGGAGUUUAUCAAAUGCUUCAGAAAAGGAUGAUUCCCAACCAAAUCCAGAAGUACCUAAAAGUAGAUCAUCAGACAAAUAUGAUACUAAAUUAACACAGAGUGGAGUGUUGGAUGAUUUGUCUAAAGAAAAUUCACUAUCGAGUACAAAAUUAUCCAAAACCAAAAGUAAGUCUUCAGUUCUUUCUUCCACCUCCACAAUAAAAUCUUCUGAGUCUAAAACCAAAAGUAAUGAUUUAUCAAAGUCCGAAAUGUUUUGUGGGUGCAAUUUUGAUGAAGUUGGUAAAAAGUUGAUGAAAGAUCAAACUAAAUAUGACGAAACAAAUUUACAGCAAUCAAAACCUUCCUCUGUAGAGCAGAAUAAGGACAAAGACGACAGUUCACAAAAACCAACAAAUCUUUCUGAUACAAUACAAAAGGAAAAUGAAAUGAUACAUUCAAAAAACCCUAAAGUUGAGAAAACCGACUCCGAAAAUACAGUAGAAACUUUGGUAAGUACCUCUGUAGAGGAGAUUAAGGACAAAGACGACAGUUCACAAAAACCAACAAAUCUUUCUGAUAUAAAACAAAAGGAAAAUGAAAUGAUACAUUCAAAAAACCCUAAAGUUGAGAAAACCGACUCCGAAAAUACAGUAGAAACUUUGGUAAGUACCUCUGUAGAGGAGAAUAAGGACAAAGACGACAGUUCACAAAAACCAACAAAUCUCUCUGAUAUAAAACAAAAGGAAAAUGAAAUGAUACAUUCAAAAAACCCUAAAGUUGAGAAAACCGACUCCGAAAAUACAGUAGAAACUUUGGUAAGUACCUCUGUAGAGGAGAAUAAGGACAAAGACGACAGUUCACAAAAACCAACAAAUCUUUCUGAUAUAAAACAAAAGGAAAAUGAAAUGAUACAUUCAAAAAACCCUAAAGUUGAGAAAACCGACUCCGAAAAUACAGUAGAAACUUUGGUAAGUACCUCUGUAGAGGAGAAUAAGGACAAAGACGACAGUUCACAAAAACCAACAAAUCUUUCUGAUAUAAAACAAAAGGAAAAUGAAAUGAUACAUUCAAAAAACCCUAAAGUUGAGAAAACCGACUCUGAAAAUUCAGUAGAAACUUUGAUAAGUAUAGUAGACUCAGGAUCGAAUGAUUCUUUUACUCGAGUGAAAAGACAGAAACAAGUUUCAUUUAACCCAGAUGGAAGUAAAAGUCAAAUAUUCUAUAUGGGAGGGACGACCCAUUCUAUAUUUCAAACCGAAGAAAUCCAACCACAGUCUAUAUUUCGAAAGCCACACAAUCAUGAACCAUUACCAUCAAUUCCUACCGUGAGUAGUAGCUUGAAAAUUGACGGAUCACGCAAAUCAGCAAUAUCAGCUGUUGACUCUGUUGUGUUGGUAAAAAACAAAUACUCUCUUUUAGAAAAAUCAAAAAUCCCUAAGGAGCUGAAACAGAGCACAAGCGUUGAAAAAUCUUCACUCCAAGCAACCCAGAAUGAGUUUGAAAUAAAGAAAACUCUACCUACAAAGCCAAUAGUACCGACCCUGGAUAAAAAGUCAUCCACCAAAUUGAACAAACAACAAAUAAGUGAAAUACUCUUUGAUUUGGGAGCUGAAAAUCUAUUGUCAGUAAGUUUACCGGCAGAAUGUUGCAAAAACAAUAAAUCUAUUAACAAUUUUAAAUUUAUUUCAGAUCUUCCUUACAGUGCGAGUUUAGAUUCUCUUCCUUUAGAUCAAAAUGAUGUUGACAAAAUUAAGAAAACAGUUGAAAAUCUGAAAUCAUCUGAAGAUAAUGUAUUGCACUCUGAUUGUGAUUGUACUAAUGAGUGGAAAAUGAAGUAUAGAAAUGAGUUAGAAAAAGAAGAUAUAUCUGAAUGGCAUAGUGCAUUUACAGCUAAAGACAUUUCAUCAAACAUUUGUAUUGAUUUACAAACUAAUAAACCAGUUACUAUAAAAAGGAUAACAAAAAACAUUAGUUCAAAAGAAAUUCCAAAUCUACCAACUAUUACAGAAGAGGAAGAAGUUAAGUCCAGGGGAAGCUCUCAGUCUAUAAAUAAAUAUGGAAAUAGGAAAGAUGGAAAUAAAAGCGGAACGACAAAAUCAACCAAAUCAACCGAGCUGAGAUAUGUUACAGUGGAAUAUCCGAAUGUGUUAAAUGGAAUGAAAAUAUCUGGUGAUGUAAGUAAGAAAGGGAAAUCACGUUCAUGUAAUGAAUCUAAAGGAAUAUAUGCAGAAAGACUUUCAGAGCUUGACUAUCAGACAUGUAGUUAUCAAAAUAUUGAGGAAGUUGAUAAAGAACUUAUUAAUUGUACUUUUCCAAACUUAAGUCGUUAUUCAACUAAAACACAUUUUAACGAUUUCAAGAAAGCUGGCAAUUUACUACCAGAAAAUUAUUUAAAGGGAUUUAAUGAGAAUUGCGGCAUGAGACCAAUCGACGAAAUGUUAAUGCUUGAUGUUAUAUAUUUAUCUUCAAAUCAAAAUUUUCAGUCUUCUUUAAAUGCAAGUUCAGUAAGUAAUUCAAGCCCAUUAUGUAUAAAAAAACUCCCAAAUCAAAUUUCCUCAAAGAGUAUGAAUUUUAAAAAGAAAAAAUUCAAAACACCGAGUAACUUAAAUGCAAAUUGGAGAGCUGGAGUGUUAGGUGAAGAAACAACAAAAGAAUUUAUAUUGAAUAAUGCUAAACGUCUUCCUUCAAAUAACCACUAUUGUGGAAGUGAUAUUAGUACUUCAAAAUGUGUGUACACCCAUAAAAACUCUCAAAUGUUAAAUGAGAAUACUGAAAAUAAAAAUCUCAAGAAUGACAACGAUAUUGCUAGUAAUAAUAAUUCAGAAACAACUUAUUUUGAGAAAGGAGGGAUUCAGAAUUGUAACACUGAGAAUGAUCUUCAAAACCUACUUAUAAACGAGAAACUGUCAACAAAUAUUUUUGAUUGGGAAGACACUUACAAUAAUAAAACCCAAAAACCAUUUGUAUUAACUAAUCUAUUGAAUCCAAACAAUAUUAAAAACACUUUAGUUAUUAGAUUGAAUCCAAAACAUCAUGUUCUAAACUUGAGAAGUUAUGCUAUUCGCAGAAAAUCUGAAAUAGAAAUUGUAGAAUACAAUAAUUCAUCUAGAAAUCAAAUUUAUAGAAGAUUCAAGGGCAAAAUAUCUAACUUACCAAGAUCAAAAAAAUAUAAAACAGGAAUACAAUUUCAAGUAGAGAAGGCAGUUUUAAAUUCUGAGAUGUUUUCAGAGAACUGAGGAGAAGUUUGCAGUAAGAUUAAGGUUUCAAAUACUUUAUUAAUAAUUCCAAAUGAGUUAUCAUCACAUAUCAGAUGAGACUACUGUUUGUUGAACUACCAGUACAUUAUUUAUAACAGAACAUUGAGAACAUUUCAAUUUAAUUGUUAAUAAUAAUUUAAAAAAAAUUACUUUUAAUAUAGUUAAGAAGACUUAAAGUGCAAUUCAAGAAUCAGUUUGGCCUUCUUAGUAAUCACUUUAUAAUCACUAGUUAC